AUAAAAGGGAAAGGUGCGCUCGGGCAUGAAGAGCAAGGCUGACAUUUUCCUAACCACCCUCCUCGGGGGGCGAGAUGCGCCUUAAUGGGGAAGACGACGAAAAAAAAGGAGGAAGCGAGCGGGAAUCCCUCCUCCUCCUCCCUCUCCCCUUUUUCUCCUUCGCGCUGGAGGGAAGCUAGUGCGGCGGGAGCAGCUCCAGAGCCUCUAGGUGCCGAAGGAGCGACGCUGGCUGGGGAGGAGCGGGGGGUGGGAUCUGCGAGAAGAGCCGGGGAAGCGGCUCCUUCUUCUGCGCUUCAGGCAAUGAUGGCGUGGCGAGUGCCUCCUCCCGCUUGGUAGCGUUUGGAACCGACUUGCCGCUGAGGUCCAAGCAGCCGCUCGCUUCGUAUAGGGCGGCCGGAAAGGUUCCUGAGUGUUGAGCGCGGCGCCCCGCAGGCGGAGUGGGCGGGCUGCGCUGGGCCGGUGUGUGCCCGGCGCGCGCCAGAGGUCCUGCACAGCCGCCGCCGCCGCCGCCGCCGCCUGGAUGCCAGAGGCUCCCCUGGAGCCCGCGGCCAAGGGCACUCAGCGGCAGCUGGAGGAGGAAGAAGAAGACGAAGAAGAGGAGGAGGAAGAAGAAGAGGGCGACGAUCCCUGGCGCGGAGCGGGGGGCCUUUCCAGGGCAAGCUGAUCCUGGCCAUGGCCUCCAACUUUAACGAUAUAGUCAAGCAAGGCUACGUGAAAAUCCGCAGCAGGAAGCUCGGGAUUUUCAGGAGAUGCUGGCUGGUCUUCAAGAAAGCUUCAAGUAAAGGACCUCGAAGGCUAGAAAAAUUUCCAGAUGAGAAGGCAGCGUAUUUCAGAAAUUUUCACAAGGUAACAGAGUUGCACAACAUCAAAAACAUAACCAGACUGCCUCGAGAAACCAAGAAGCAUGCAGUAGCAAUUAUCUUUCAUGAUAAGACAUCAAAAACAUUUGCCUGUGAGUCAGAGCUUGAGGCAGAAGAGUGGUGCAAACAUCUUUGCAUAGAAUGUCUUGGAACUAGACUUAAUGAUAUAAGCCUUGGUGAACCCGAUCUACUUGCUGCUGGAGUUCAAAGAGAGCAAAAUGAACGAUUCAAUGUAUACCUUAUGCCUACACCAAAUUUAGAUAUCUACGGUGAAUGUACGAUGCAGAUCACACAUGAAAACAUUUAUCUCUGGGAUAUCCAUAAUGCUAAGGUUAAACUGGUCAUGUGGCCUCUCAGUUCUUUGAGAAGAUAUGGGCGUGAUUCAACAUGGUUCACUUUUGAAUCUGGAAGGAUGUGUGACACAGGAGAAGGGCUAUUUACCUUUCAGACAAGAGAAGGUGAGAUGAUCUAUCAGAAAGUCCACUCUGCAACACUGGCAAUAGCUGAGCAACACGAAAGAUUGAUGAUGGAGAUGGAACAGAAAGCACGGCUUCAGACCAGUUUGACUGAACCAAUGACGUUACCUAAGUCAAUCUCACUUCCUCGUAGUGCAUACUGGCAUCACAUCACUCGGCAGAACAGCGUGGGAGAAAUAUAUAGUUUACAAGGGCACAGUCUUGCAAAGGUGGCUCGUGCACAGACAUUUCCCAGCUACACCUCAGAACAGAGUGAGGAGCAUGAGCCACGCCUGUCCCUUUCCAGCAGCUAUGGAUUCAGCUACAGCUCGGACCUUGUGCAAUGACACACAUCUGGUGUUUGAACAGAGAGACACUCUAACGUGGAACCUACCUGCAAGCCCUGGAAGCCAUUGAUCUUUCCUUGGGUGUCCCAAGAAGACAGUUGGUAGUGAAGACCGAGAAGUCUCCCACCUGAUGACAGUGGAAGUGAAAGCUUGGAUCACUGCUUCCUUGAGGCAGAAGUCUAAGUCUUUUAUUUAUUUAAAUUUUAUAGUUGUUUUUGUCCAUGUUUUUUUAAAAGAAGAAUUCCCUUGAAAAUCAUGGAUGUAUGCAGUCGAUGUUUCUGCAUAACCACAAACAUUGUGUGCUCUAAGAGGGUGGAUGUCAUGUUUGCAAUAUUAGGCUUUUGAUCAACUCUGCCAUCAGAUCUGCUUGUCCAUGACAGUAACCACUUUUAUCUCCAAGGCAUCAGCCUGGCUCAUUCUUACAUGUUACAAAACUUCAAAGGGUUUGGAAGGCUUCCUUCCAAUAAUUAUGCACAUUUUAGUCCCAUUAACCUCCAUGGGAUUUAUGCAUGUCUAUCUUUAGGACAAUAGCCUAAAGUUUCACUUGUGAGAAGAAGCCAGUGAUUCUUAAUCAGAUUCUCAUUAUUAAAAUUAAUACCCAAGAUAGAUAAAUAGAUAGAUACUGUCAAUGGGAUGGCAUGGUGAUGCUUAGUAGCCUUUCAGAAAAUAGAUUGUGUCGUGUUAUUAAGAGGUAAUUUGCCUAGAAUAUUUGCCACACUGAAUUUUUAUGCCCAGAUUCGCUCUUAUCUAUGUGCAUUCUGAACCUAAUAAUCCACAGCUUUCUACUGGGAACAGUGGUUAUAGAUGUCAAGGAAGACCGUGUUUACAAUGCACUUGUCAAAGUCUUCCUUUUGUAGAUAAUUUUUGGAUAGUUGAAUUCGUAGUCAGUAUACUUUUAACCCUGUAUACUGUGCAGGUAAGAAUUGACAUCACAUUACUUGAUGGCAGCCCAACAUUCCAUAGUUUUAGACAGCAAGAUGCCUGUCUGGUAGAAUAAUUUCAAGAGCAGUUGUUUUUAUGGAGGUCUUUUAGGCAGCAACAUGGAUUUUCUCUCUUCCUUAUAUAGCACAGGUGUCAAACUUGCAGCAUCACGUUGCCGUCAUGUGAUGUAUCGCAACAUUUUUUCCCUUCAUGGAGCUGGGGUGGGCGUGGCCUGUACAUGACGCAUGCGGCUGUGGGCCACCAGUUUGAUACCCCUGUUAUACAGCAUUGAUUUUGUGGUGGAUUCCCUAUACUAAUAUCUUACUCAGUUUUACCCAGGUCAUACAUAGAGAUCCAUUUUGCACUUACAUUUUAUUACAGGUAGUCCUCACUUAACAACCACUGUUGGGACGGGCAAGUCUGUCACUAAGUGAUGUCGCCUGUAAGCAAAGCAUCAUGUGACUGCAACUUGCAAUUUCCUGCUAGCUUUUCCAUUGACUCUGCUUGUCAGCUGUGAAGUGAACAAAUAACAAUACACAAUGAUCGUAGGAAUGCUGUAACAGUCACAAGCCUGUGGCAAGCGUGUGUGGUCAAAGUUAUUUGUUCAGUGCUGUUACUACUUUGAAUGGUCAAUAAACAGGGCACUUGUUAAGUGAGGAUUAUCUGUAAACAAUGACUUUUUAGUCCUUCCUACAGUCAGUCGCACGGAACUGGAUUGUUUAAAACUGUAGAGUCUUUUAUUGGCAUAUUUUGCCUAUUUCAAAUUUUUCCAAUUCUAUAAAACAAAUGCCAAUAGCAAUGAGUAGAAGAAGUGAAACUAUUGACGAUCUGAGUAAGUUUUUCAAAACAAUAUUUUUGAAAUUUAACAUGUGUCAUGGUUAUACUAAUUUGUCAGAUUUAACUCCAUUUCUUCAGGUUUUUCAUCAAUACAAUAUCAUUUGUUGUCACCCAUCAUUUGUUACAAUUGAAUAUUAUUCCAUACCAAAACCAAAAUCUUGCAAACUGAGGAUGUCAACAUUGAAAAUAUUAUCAUUGAUUAUCUUUAAGCACUAAAGAAAAGGAACACAAAAAAGGGUCUUAUCCAGUUGAUCUCUAAAGCAAGUCUGGCCAUUUGGAAUGCAAACUACUUAGAGGUGCAUUUUUAACUACUUUGAAUUGAAUUUAGAAACAAACCAAAUUAGAUCAAAGAAAUAUUUAAACUUGAAACACAUGCCUCACAUAAUAGUCCCCUUGCCAAAAGAAUCUGGCAAUGUUAUUCUGCAUUCCAUACAAUGUUUGAAUGUCUGGUAUCACCCUUCAGGAUAAAAGAGGUUCUUUCUUCAUUUUUGCCUAUGGUCCAAUUCUAAAUAGAUUAAAAUAAAAUACAGUCACAGUCACAAUGGUGGUAAAUGCUCAUGUGCAAUUUAUCUAAGGUAUCAACCUUGAAGUCAUUUCCAUGGUAGAACAAGGCCAGAAGAACUAAAAUAAAAUAAGGCUUUGUAUUGGAGCACAUCCAAAGUAUGGAUCUUCUCCCCCACAGGCAUAUACUCAAGAACGUUAUUUUUGAGGCAGCCUGAACUUUUGCUAAAUGUUGUGACUUGCAAAUAAAUUGCAUAGAAAGAAAUCAAGUAGGGUCCCCACCCAUUUAUGAGAUGAACUAACCCUCACGCUGGCCAUUAAAAUGAGAUGUAUAAGAAAUCAGUUGAGAUGUAGGCAUGGUGAAACAAAAAUGAAAGCAAAAAGAGAUUUUCCCAUCCAGGAUCUUUAAUCCUCCAUAAAUGUUGUUAAAACAAACACAUAUGGUAAGCAAUCGUCAGAAAUUAUUUCCUGCCAGCAGACUGCUCCAUCGUUGAAGUUUCUGCUUUUCAUUGUUUUAUCAAACCAGCACAGAACGUGUUGAAAGGAAGAGAAUCGAGUUUCCCAUUCCACUAAAAGAUCAAGUUUUAUCUACCGCAGUUUGAUGGAAAGAAUUUUGCUUUUAUUCCUUUUGUAAACAAUGUGAAGGAAAUGUCUACUUCAAUUAAACAUUUAUUAAUACAUUACAGUGGAAGAUUUUUCUUACCCAAGCUUUUCUUGCAGUCAAUCCCUUGAAGGUUUAUACACCUCAGUGAAGAGCUGCUGAAUGAAACUAGUGGGUGAUCUGAUGAAAUUAAUCACUCUUCCUUCCACGACAGCAUCUCUUCCCCUUAUUUUCUUUUAUCUUGCUCGCCAUGUUUCCACUGACCAGACAGAACAACUUCCUCUGCAGGAGAAUGAUAAGCUACCUACUACAACAAUGCAAAAUUACUGUUCCUGGUUGUGCUAACACGCAACCAUUCUCUUGCUAUAGCUCUGGUCAUCCAUUUGACAAUUUCAGUAUGAAAUCACACUCUUCUGGAUUAAUUAGGGUAUUAGUCAGUGUCACUAUAUAUAAAUUAUAUUCAUCCAAACAAGUUUUCUUUGAACUUAAAAGGGGGGAAAAUACGCAGAAUGAUUUCCACUGAAUGAUUUCAAAAUGGCUAAAAAUGAUCUCAUGUCCCAAACCAGAAUUGCCUCUAGAUACAUUUUUGAAAUAAUCCAUACUACUGUUCUUUAUUUUCCCGUGAGAAAAUAACACUCAGAAAAGUCUCCUAUAUUCCCAGUACAUAAUUCUGUGAGGUUUCAUUGUCAGAACCUGCUUUCAUUUACCCAUUACCCAUCCUUUUCAGAAUUGCUAGGAUGGUGAACUUCAGUAACAGUAACAGAGUUGGAAGGGACCUUGGAGGUCAUCUAGUCCAACCCCCUGCUCACUCAAGAGAUCUGUAUUAGGGAUUCGAAUUGCUAAAAUGCCAACUUUUCUGAUCAACAAGCUCAGUGUCUUAGCCACUGAGUCACCUAGUCAGGCAGAUGUCAAUUGGAGUCAGCUAGAGUCCAACAAAGAACAAUGCAACAGGCACAGAAACAUACAAAUACUAUGAAUGCAACUUUUUUUCAAUAAAGUGUCUUUCAUAUAUUAAUUCCUAAACUUCCCAGCUAGCAUUCCUAUAUUACCUAAGGGCUGCAGUUCUAACACUCCUAUACAGUGCCAGUUAAGGAAGGUCAACCUAAUGCAAGUUAUAUCAUAAAACCCUGGGUGUCUGUUUGAUAGUAAUAGCCCUUCGAGUAAUGUCAUGUAAUUUACUUAUUCAUAGCAUCUCCUGAAGAGCGACAUUUCACAAAAUGUACAAUUUCUAAAAAACUACAGGUAUGGCCAUACUUUGAAAUGCCCUUAAAUGAGCCAAAUUGUUAAAAGAAAACAAAGAUGUGUACUUGGAUCUAAUCAAAGGGGAGGUGUAUCCAGAUGAGAAAGGUAAAGCAAUAGCUCAAAUUACAGAAUGGGUUUAGUAGAGCAUGCAGCGUUGCAUGUGUAAAUUUUCUUGCCAUUUCCCAUUCACCCAACGGAAACAAGCUAUUCCAUUGUUUCCUAGUUGACAGGCAGGCAGUUCUAUUGACUGAGGAACCUGUUAGAAUUCUUUGUACUUGACCUGCAAGACUGUUCUAAGUCAAGAAGAAUGCUCUCAAGAUUACUUUGGAUGUACAUUUCUUUUCAAAGGAUUCUGCAAGACCCUGGUGGGGUUCUGAGACAGGAUAGUCUUGGGGAGAAAGGUGGUUUUUUUUUUCCCAUUUCAUGUACAUGAACUAAAUUACAGGUAAUCCUCGACUUACAACCAUCUGUUUAGUGACCGAAGUUACAAUGGCACUGGAAAUAAGUGACUUGGGACUAGUUUUCACACUUACGACCAUUAGCUACUGGCAUGUAUUUGUGACAAUUGCACUGUCCUGAGGUCAGGCAAUCACCAUUUGCGACCUUCCCAGCAAGCAAAGACAAUGGGGGAAGCCAGAUUCACUUAAUGACCACAUUGUCCACUUAGCAACUGUGGCAAAAAGUUGUAAAAUGGGAUGCAAUUCACUUAACAGCUGUCUUGCUUAGCAAUAGCAAUUGUGGGCUCAAUUGUAGUCACAAGUGAAGGACCACAUGUAUUCUAUACCAUACUAUGUGAAGUGCAUCUCUGCAUGCCCGAUUCAAUGGUUUCACGGAAUGGAGAGUUCACUCAGCAUUCUAUAGUGACCACCGAAGCCAACUGCUGAUCAAACCAAAACAUAAAAAUGAAAGGUCUGUAAAAGGGAAUCUAAACACUGAAAUUAAUAAUGAUCCUAUUAUGUCAUCCUGAAGUUGUAAAUCUGAGUUAUUGAAAGAAAUAGAUUGCUUUGCACCAAUAUCCCAUCAUCAUUCUGAUAGAAAUGGAAGAGAAGGUUUUGGUCCCCAUCUAAAUUAGAUCCCCUCUCCUUAUUCUUAAUAAUAUUUACAAACAUAUGUAUGUAUGUUAUCAGAAGAAUUUUAUGACACCUGUAAGAUAUGCCUUGAUCUCUACAUUUUUGUCAGUGACUACAGGCCUUUUAGAAUGAUUGUUGAUUCCCAAUUAACUGAUCUAGUCUAGUAAUUUAGUCUUUGGUUUUCAAUGAUGCUGUGAAGUUUGAAUACUGGAAUCAAGUAGGAUUAAAACGAAUUGCCUUCCUACCUCUUACUCAGUCUUUGCUAUUAUUUGAUACCAAGCAAACCUAGUUAUCAUCCCCUUUCCCCAGCUUGUUUUCCAGAUGGAGUUCUCAAAAUAACAGUGAAUACUAAGAUCAUCAAGCAACCCUCACUUUCUCCUUUCCCAUAUUGAUCUGCUUUUCAACCAUUUCAUUUUCCUUGGAGAAGCUAAACUAAGAACCUCACACUUGAAAAUUCACAAUGUAAAAUGUCAAUAAAGUGAAAUCAUUUUGGAGGAAGAGAAAAUUAUGAGCCAUAUAUAUUUCUCUAAAAUGUUGUUGAUUCUUUAAGAGUAGCUUCUGCCACCUUGGGUGAAUGAAAGUUGUUUUAAGGGUAUUUGGGGCAGAAGCAGGAUUUGUGUGGCUUAAAAUGGCAUUCAGCUACUGUUCACUGAUGUGCUGUCUUGGCAGAAUGAUACAUUUACUGUUGUUUCUUGUUCUAUUAAUGGAAAGAGUUAAAUACCCUGCUCUUCUGCUCUUUGUGAUGUGAUGAUCCAGUUUUCCCUGUGAACCAAACCAUCUAUGAAAUUUGAAUUAAAUCAGAUUAAACAAGUA